UUUUAUUUCAACAAGAAUUUGUUCAUUUAUAAAUUAUUGACUAAAGUGGCUUCUAUUUUAUGGAAAUAAAUAUGAAAUUAAUGAUCUGGAUAUUUUUGAUAUUUGUGACAACAGUUUUCUCACAGAUUAGGGAAGAAGUUGGUUCGAACGAUGAUAAUAGAAAUUUUAAAAAGGAUGAAAGUAAAAGACGUACGUUAGAUGAGAGUGACAAUAGUGAGGACGAAUCCAGAUGGAAUAGAAGGAAUAGUAUGGAGGAUGGUUUAGAGACAGCUAUUGGGUCAGGACGUUUCAAAUAUAAAUAUAAACGCAUGAAAGCUAAAGGUAUCGAUGCAAAAGGGAAAUUUCGAUCACGUGGAGUUAGAGGUUAUGGUAUGAUCUCGUCAGAAUCCUCACAAUUUCUAAUUGAAGAGAAUUUGGAUAAAUAUGGUCGAGCGAAACCUAUUAAAUCAAAAUUCAAAACUUAUGGAAAAAAGAAAAAAUAUUCCAAAAAGAUCGUUGAUGACCAAUUUGAUACUAAAGGUAAUUUAAUUGAAGAACGUAAAUAUAAACACACUGGUAAUUAUCAAGCGAAUGGUACUCAUCUUUACAUCGAUUUACAAACACAAAAAGAGAGAGAUGAAAAAUGGAGAUUAGCAACGAAUAAUAAUGAACGGCAAGAUAACAGCUCAAGUGAAAAAGUAGUUGGUCACAAAAAUAGUCAUGAAGAAACAAAAAUUGUCCGCAAUUAAGUAGAUUCAUCUGGAGGUAAUUAAAAGUUUUCUUCAAGGAAUUAAAUCAUAUCGAAUUGAAUAGUUUUAUCUAUAAUAAUAUCCCAACUACUAUUUUCUUAUCUUCAUUAAUCCUACUUCACUUUCUAACAAUCAUAACCAAUUUAAAAUGAUCAUUGUAAAUUUUAAACAAAAAUCUACAUGUAAAUCUUGUAAUAUGAACAAUAAACUAUACACUACUGUUAACACCA